AAAGGUGGGCGGUGAAUAUUUUUCGGCAAAUCUUACGGGAAAAGAAGCCCAAAUCUGCAAUCUGCAUAUAUAAUUGGCACGCUCUCUCCUUCUCCCUGCCCCGACUUAUAAUUCAAACCAAGAGAGCAAAAUCCCAUCAAAACAGCCCCAUUCCCAUAUGGGGCUGCUUUUGCUUUAGCCAUACCCAUUACCCCCCAUCAUCACCCACAUCUCCCUCUCCCUCUCUGUAAUUCCCUUUCUUUUCUUUCAUUGUUUUCCUUUGAGGUCGAUCCAAUCUGUAAUCCGCCAAUCCAAUCUGCUAUCAAUCUUUCUGGGUUUACCUUUUUGCUCCAGAGAUGGCUCCCGAGAGGAAAUACAUUUCGCUGGACGAGUUGAAGAAGCACAACAAGCCCGGGGAUUUGUGGAUCUCGAUCCAGGGCAAGGUCUACAAUGUCACCGAUUGGGUCGACGAGCACCCCGGAGGCGACGCCGCCCUCCUCAACCUCGCCGGCCAGGACGCUACCGACGCCUUCAUCGCCUUCCACCCCGGCUCCGCCUGGCACUACCUCGAUCGGUUUUUCACCGGAUACCAUCUCGAAGAUUUCCGGGUUUCUGAAAUCUCCAAAGAUUACCGUAAACUCGCGAACGAGUUCGCCAAGGCCGGAAUGUUCGAGAAGAAAGAACAUGUCGUCGUUUACUCCCUCUUCUUCGUCGCCUCCCUCUUCGCUCUAUCCGUUUGCGGCGUGCUUUACAGUGACAGUUUCUGGGUCCAUUUAGUUGCCGGCGGGAUUCUGGGGUUCGCUUGGGUUCAGGUUUCGUACCUGGGUCACGAUUCCGGGCACUACAACAUGAUGACGACGCGAGGAUUCAACAAAAUGGCACAGAUUCUGAUCGGAAAUUGCUUGACGGGGAUCAGCAUUGCGUGGUGGAAGUGGACCCACAACGCCCACCACAUCGCCUGCAACAGCCUCGACCACGAUCCCGACCUCCAGCACCUCCCGCUCUUCGCCGUCUCCUCCACCCUGUUCCGCUCGAUCACGUCGAGGUUCUACGGCCGGAAACUCACAUUCGAUUCCGCCGCGAGAUUCUUCGUCAGCUACCAGCACAUUACAUUCUACCCCGUGAUGUGCAUCGCCAGGGCCAACCUCUUUCUGCAGACGUUCUUGCUCCUCUUCUCGAAGCGGAGAGUUCCCGACAGGGCUCUGAACAUUCUCGGAAUCGUCGUCUUCUGGACCUGGUUCCCUCUCCUUGUUUCGGCCUUACCCAAUUGGACCGAACGAUUCCUCUUCGUCCUGGUGAGCUUCACGGUGACGUCGAUCCAACACAUCCAGUUCUGUUUGAACCAUUUCUCGGCGGAUGUCUACGUGGGGCCGCCGAAGGGGAACAACUGGUUCGAGAAGCAGACGAGCGGGACAAUUGACAUAUCGUGCUCGGCGUGGAUGGACUGGUUCCACGGCGGGCUGCAGUUUCAGCUGGAGCACCAUUUGUUCCCGAGGCUGCCGAGGUGCCAGUUGAGGAAGGUAUCGCCAUUGGUGAGGGAGCUCUGCAAGAAGCACGGCUUGCCGUACCGGAGCUUGUCGUUCUAUGAGGCGAACGUGACGACGAUCAGGACUCUCCGGGACGCGGCGAUGCAGGCCAGGAACUUGCUCUGGGAUGCGGUGAACACCCAUGGCUGAGGAUGAUGAUGAGCUCUGCUCUAUACAGCUAGCUCCAUCUCAUAUUGUCUUUGUCUGGGUUUAUUGUGAUCAUCCAUUAAUAAACAACGAGCUGUUUUUUUUUAUGGUUGGGGGGGCGAUUUGAAUUUGAAAAAGAAAAGCCUUGUUCUUAUUAAAAUUUUUCCACCCCCGAGGUUGGCUCGAUCUUAUUAGAUUUUUCAAUUACAUACAUAUAUCCACAUACUUUGGUC